UCCAAGUUCUGCAUUGUUCCUGCCCACAAUGUUAGGCAGAAAUGGGUUAAAACCCGACGCUUUGAGUAAAUAUCCAAUUAAAACCCGGGCGAGUUGAUUGGGUUUCUGGUACAGAGUCGUUCUGUUUCCGCGACAAAUUAUUUUUACAGGCAACUUAUUUUAAAUUUAGAAUAAAAUUGUCAAAAGUAAGUCCUUCCUGUCAAAUUAAAUAACAUAACCUAAAUGUAGACAUAUGAGAUGACUGGAAAUGGUGCAAUUAAAAGAAAUCAGUGUUGUUUGCGUAUAAAGCGAUGUUUUGUGUUUUAUUAAACACUACCAGAGUUACUAAAAGCAAUUUGAAAUGGGUGCCUUAGUAACAAAAGCAUUACGACCUUUUAAGUCAUUCAAUAUAGAAAACCGGGCCCAUCGCGUGAUAUCCAAGGAAAAGCCGACACCUGCGCCCAGAUAUCAGCAGGCUAUUGAUGAUAUGAGACGUGCUAUGGACAAAGAUCCAAAACUUAACGAGAAAUUAAACACGAAAGAUGCAGAACUCGACAAAAUGCUAAAGGAUGUUUAUGUAACUUCUGAAGGGAAACCCGAAGAAGAUAUUACUAGAGAAAUUCAGCAGAAGAACCCUAACCGACCAUUGCCCAUGUACCGAAUGCAGCCAGAAGACUAUGAAUAUGGCUUUAAAGAGCCUGACCAAAUAUCCUAUGGACGUGUAACACUACGUAAGGCAUUAGAAUUUUUAGCUGCGCAUCAGAGUAACCCGAACGAAGUUACUCCCGAGAAAAUAGCCCAAGAGUACAAAUUAAAAUUAGAUGAUGUUAAUAAUGUAAUAAAAUAUUUUAAGACAUUUGAAAUUUUUGUUCCCGAGACCAAAACGGCACCAGCUACUUUUGCUGGACCUGCUUCUCUGAGAAAGCAAAUGGAAAGAGCAUUUGAAAUGAAACAGAUUGAGGACAAAAAGAAAUUAGAACCUAAAGACCCUCUAGAUGAAUUUGAAAAGUUAACACCAAAACACAGAAUAAAGAAUGAUGAAAGAUAAAAGAUUACUUAUUUUGAGCUGUUAAUUUUUACCUUAGAGUUCAAAUUACGUAAAUAUAGGUGUCGAUUUGGUUGUACAUAUUUUGCAAUCUAGACUCAUUACUGGAGACCAGAUUAUUUACUUACUACUUCAAGUAAUAUAUGAGAAGUUUCAGAACAAUGACUGUAGUUGUCUGAUAAGUGUCACAAACAAUUGUAUGUGGCCACACAAUGGGUUAAUAUUUUGCUGACAGGUCUACCUCAUGCUGUACAGUGUAACCCAAAGAAAUAGCACUUAUGUAAGUUAGCACUAUGAUAUUUUCAUUGUAGAGAAUUGUCAAUAGUGCAAUACUGCUUAAACGACUGUACACAUAUCGCACCUUUCAUGGAAGAAUGGCAUAAGUGGAGUUCCAUCAAAAACGUUUAUUUCUUCACUAUUUUCUUUUAUCUAUUUUUGAAGCCUGAAAUGUUUGGGCGUUUAUGUUGGCCUCAUUAUGUAUGUGUAUAUAUAAAAUAAAUAACUAUCUUACUAUCUGUCACUACUCCCAUGAGAGGUAUUGCUUCUCAUUAGAAAGCAAGAAUCACGUAGGAGUAUAGUGCUUCAGCACUUUGUGUCAACACUUUGCUCAGCAUUAAAUGUAGCUCUCCUACCUGACCAAUGUUUUUUAAUUGAUAUUGAGCUCGACAAUUCAUAUAUCGAUCACAUUCAAUCGACUCAUCCGAAGAACAGAGUCUGAUAUGAUUAUAAAGCAAAAAGAGAGUAAGCAUGUACAUUACGAGAAUCAUUUCAUUAGUCAAACUAAGGCCCAUGUAUUAGGUGUUUUGAGAAUUUAUAUAUCUUAUUUCGUUUCGGACAUAUUAAAUCAAAGAAUGGUUGAUCUGACAUCCACAGCAAAGAAGAACAUACAAAAUGUACUAUGUCCUGAGAACAAGUAGUCUUGCACAUAGAUUUUUGUUCUAUGGAUGAGUUGAAAUGAAGCAUGUCUUCCAACUUGUUUCAGAAUUGGCAUUGAGGGGAUUCUGCCCUUCUCAUGAGAUAAAAAUUCAUUUAAUGGAAUGUGAUCAGAAUGCGGUCUAAGAGCAAUUACUAACAGUGACUUUGAUACUUUUGAUGUUACAUUUCCUUGAACCAGGUAUUUCUUGGAGGACGCAAUUGGAUAGUUUUGUACCAUAUGUACCCCUUAUCACAGAUAUCUCAUCACUGCUCUUAGCCCAUUGAUCCA